GUAGCAGUAGCAGUAGUAGUUAGAACUUACAGAAAAAAAUAAAAUAAUCCAGUUGUUUUUUUUUUCUUUUCUCUAUAUAUAUAUUGAGUAAGAGAGAAGGAAGAUAACGCACCGAUUAGCAUUGAAAAUUUUAUCGGCAAUGGCGGUGAAUUCCUUUUCCUCCAUUUUCAUCAUCUCUUCAUUGUUGAUCGCAGCUUUGAUUAUCUCCGGCGAUGCUACCGGCGGCGAUUUCGACGUGAGCGGUUGGGUUCCGAUGAAAUCCGCCGACAGCUGUGAAGGUUCGAUAGCGGAGUGUAUGGCUGCCGGAGAAUUCGAAAUGGAUUCGGAGAGCAAUCGGCGUAUAUUAGCAACUACUGAUUAUAUAAGCUAUGGUGCGCUGCAGAGUAACAGUGUUCCGUGUUCUAGAAGAGGUGCGUCGUAUUAUAACUGCAAGACGGGUGCUGAAGCUAAUCCGUAUACACGUGACUGCAGUGCUAUUACUCGUUGCCGGAGUUAAAUUAAUUAACGAUCGAAUUAAUCGAUGUUAAUUAAUUAUUAUUGCAAUUCCAAUAAAGUGAUAGUGGUGCUUUGGCAGCGCUUUAUGGUUAAUACAAUGUUCAUUUGGUGUUUGUUAUUUGUUAAUUGGUAUGAUACUUUGCUUCAUCUUUUGGGUUAGAAACACAGAGAGAUGCAUGAAUUAUUCUCUACUUGUUUCUGUUUUAUACUAGUACUAUAUACAUACAAAUAUUGUCGCAAAACUAGUACUAUAUACGUACAAAAAUCGUUGCAAAUUAAAGGGAAGCACUGACGCAAUUGGUAAA